AUGGCUGGGGACGGGCACCCCGGAGGGGACUCAGUGCUGCGUCAUCUGCUAAGACGUCACCGCACCGAGAUCGCCGUGGCCGUGGACAGCGCCUUCCCCUUGCUGCACGCGCUGGCCGACCACGACGUGGUCCCGGACCACAAGCUCCAGGAGACCCUGCGCCUGCAGGAGAGGGACGGCUGCCCCCGGGCCGUGCACGCGCUCCUGUCCUGGCUGCUCACCCAGGACGCACCUGCCGUCCUGGGCUUCUGGAAGGUUCUCUUCAAGGACUACAACCUGGAGCGCUACAAGGGCCUGCAGCGCGUCCUGGAGGGGUUCCCCCGAGACGUGGACCUGAGCCAGCCCCGGAAGGGGAGGAAGCCCCCUGCCGCCGCCCCCAAGGCCUCCGUGCCGGCCCCCCGGCCCCCUGCCAAGAGGAAGGCCGCCGAGGAGCCUGGGGCCACCCCACCCGUUGCACCGGCCCCAGGGCCCAGCCCAGGCGCCCACACCAAAGCCAAGCCCCCCAGGAAGCCGGAGAGCGGCGCAGACACGCCCGUCCUCCCUCCGGGCAACGGGAUCCAGACCGUGGCCUCGGUCCAGAGAGCCCGCGGGGCGGUGGAGGGCAUCGUCAUCCAGCAGGUGUUCGAGUCAGGCGGCUCCAAGUGCGUCCAGGUGGGCGGCGAGUUCUACGGCCCCGGCCCGCUCGAGGAGCCCGGCGGCGGCGGCGGCGGCGGCGGCAAGAGCAAGGCCCGCGGCGGCGUGGGCGGCCACGGCGGCCUGAAGACGGUGGCCCGAGCCCGGGGGCCCUCGGGGCCCGCUUCCGGCGGAGGUGACCCCGGGGCGGCCGCGCUCCCCGGCGAGCCCUCGCUGCACCAGAAGAACGAGGACGAGUGCGCCGUCUGCCGCGACGGCGGGGAGCUGCUCUGCUGCGACGGCUGCCCGCGCGCCUUCCACCUGGCCUGCCUGUCGCCCCCGCUGCGCGGCAUCCCCAGCGGAACGUGGAGGUGUGCAGGAUGCCUGCAGAGAGGAGGCCUGUGGGAGCUGCCACGGACCCAGGAACCCUCCGAGGGGCCAACAAGCACCCCGGUGAGCCUAGCAUUGAGGCCGGUGGGUGAGGAGCCCAAGAGCCACCCCGGGGACCCCCGGGAUGCUACGGGGACUUACCGGCACCUGCUGACCUCCACGACCCCACUGACUCUCCUGGAGCCCUCGGCACUUCGGCCCCUGUUAUGCGGGGGCCCUGAAAGGCUGCAGGGUCCAUCAGGCGCACGCUGCGGGGUGUGCGGGGACGGCGGGAAUGCCCUGCGCUGUGCCCUCUGUGCUGCUGCCUUUCACUGGCAUUGCCACUUCCCAGGAGCUGCCCCCCGGCCGGGGGCUGCCCUGCGCUGCAAAUCCUGUGCCCCAGAAACAGGCUUGGCCCCCGGAGACAGAGAUGGAGUGCCCCUGCCUGCCCCCAUGGCCCCCACGCCCACCAAGGUGGGGGACGAGCCUGCAGCUCAGGAGCCAGCUUUGCAUAGGGACGACCUGGAGACUAUGCUGAGCGAGCACACUUUCGACGGAAUUUUGCAGUGGGCCAUCCAGAGCAUGACGCGGCCCCUGACUGAGACACCCACCUUCCCCUCCUGA